AUGGACCAGUUGCUCACGAGGGUUCUCGCGCUGGGGCAAGUCCCUCUUGCGCCGACGGCACUAUCCGCCUUCGAGUCGGCGUCAGCAUUGGCCACAGGGACUACUACACCAGCCUCGACGGUCGAUACAGCCGCCGCUACGUGCCAGACGGACCGUCCGGAUCCAUAUGUCUGCGAAUGUUUAGGACUUAAUGGCUGCUGGGCGCCUUCAGAGCCUGGCAAUGGCGGACCCUAUACGCAUGACGGAAACUGGCCCAAGCGAUCGAAGACUUGUAAAGUCAAGCCGUGUGGCGAUCCUAACGGAGACGAUGCACCGGCUAUCCUCGAGGCCUUUUCUGAAUGCAAAGAGGAUGGCCACAUCAUAUUCGAGAACACUACAUACUACAUUAGCACUGUAAUGAACACGACUGGGCUCAAAGACGUCGAUGUGGAAGUUAAAGGAACGCUUCUCUGGGACACAAACAUUGACUACUGGCUGGCAAAAUCACUACCCAUUGGAUUCCAGAACCAAACAUCAGCCUGGCAUCUUGGGGGCGAGAACCUUCACUUUUACGGGCACCGAUACGGCACCUUGAAUGGCAACGGACAGGCUUGGUAUGACUUCAAUCAAGGUGUCUCCAACCGACAUGGACGGCCGCAUGCUCUUCUUAUCACGAAUACGAAGAACAGUGUGGUUGAAGGUCUGCGCUUCAUCAAGUCUCAAAUGUGGACCAUGACUGUUGCUCGUUCGGAGAAGAUGCUCCUGCAAGAUAUCUACGUUAACAACACAUCCGACAACGACAACUCCAACGUCAAUACCGACGGAGUUGACACCGUCUAUGCUAACAACAUUACUUUCCUCCGUUGGAGUGUGGACAACGGUGACGAUGGCAUUUCGAUGAAGCAGAACAGCACCAACAUCUACAUCGCCGACUGCGACUUCUACAACGGACAAGCCUUGGCCAUGGGCAGCAUUGGACAAUACCCUGGCCAGAUCGAAGUGAUCGAGAACGUCGUCGCCGAGAAUAUCAGAUGUACGAAUACUGGAUAUGGUGGACGAGUCAAGACUUGGACAGGCGUGCAGAAAGGCGAGCCUCCAAACGGUGGCGGAGGCGGUAUUGGUUACGCCAGGAACAUCACCUUCCGAGACUUCCAAUUGACCGACGUCAAUCUUGCUUGGGCGCUCUUCCAGUGCACCUCGUAUAAUGGGCAGACUGGGGAUUGUGAUACUUCAAAGUUCCAGAUAAGCGACAUGAACUGGGGCAACGCAAAGGGGACUCUCAAAGGCGAUCGCGUAGCUACCCUGCAGUGCUCAGCAGCAGCGCCAUGCACCGGUAUCAACCUUUACGACAAUGACUUGCAGGCACUAGAUCAAGGCGUUCCGGCGACUUCUUACUUGUGUGAUUCUGUGGAGGAUCCCCAGGGCUUCAAUUGCACUGGCCCAUGCAACGGGCAGUGCGGUGGAUAG